AUGGAGGGAGAUGACGACGAAAUAAGAAGGGAGCUGGCCGAUAAAUUUGCAAAUCUAACGAAGGAACACUAUGAUGAAGUGUUCGAGCGAAUUCGGGCCUUGAUACAGCGUCAUGGCUAUCCGAGGAAGGAUGGCAGACGCAGGUCACUGACAAGCCUGAUUUCCUCUGUCUGCAUGAGCCAGACCUCGGACCCCGCAAGCCAGGCCUCCUCUGAGAUUGUGAACCAGGCCGACUUCGGGACCAUGAACAAGGCUUCAGAGUCUUCAAAUCAGAGAUCUUCUGAGUGUGACAACCAGAUCGACUUCACGACCGUAAAUGACAGCUGUGAGUCUUCAAACCACGCCACUUUUGAAACCAACAACCAGAUUGACCUCGCAACCAUGAACGACAGCUCUGGGUCUUCAAACCAUGCCUCUUUUGCAUCCAACAACGAGAUGGCCCUCACGACCACGAACCAGGCCAAUUCUGCAAGCACGAGCCAGACCUCCUUCUCGAGCGUGAGCCCGACCUCUUUGAGCAUGAAUGAGACCUCGUCCGGGACCACAAGUCUGACUUCCUUGGAGACAGUGAGCCCUGACUCCUCUGACACCACAAAGCAAGAAGAAGAUCUGAGCAUGACAGGCCGGAGUCGUGAUCUGGAUUGGGUUCCGACAUUUUCUAACCUUGACAACAUGAACUAUGUAAUGCUAAAGGCUCUGAGCCUAUUGACCAGUCCCACCCACACCAUUAUCCAUGCCCUUAAUCCCAACAUCGCACCCUUGAUCCACAUUCACCACCCUGAUCCAGCUACCUUUGAAACGCCCCACCUAUGA